AGAACUGUUUAAAUAAUUGUAGAAGCCUUGGUCACAAUUUUUGCCUUUAGAAGCAGAGCACAGUGCAUUUUAUGUAGUCUGAGAGAUUUCCUGAAGAAACAGGAACAGCCUUUCUAUCGAGGUCAAACUGCUAGAAAAGUUUCUUUAGCAGUUCUCAAUUUUGUCUCAGCUCCUUGAAAAUGGCGGGUGUAAGCAGAUGCUUGAAGUACUCCAUGUUCGUCUUCAACUUCUUAUUUUGGGUGUGUGGUUGCAUUAUUUUAGGAGUCUCUAUAUGGAUACGUGUUAGCAAAGAUGCUCAAGAGGAUUUGAGCAUAAACAACAACAAUAUGUUUGUCGGGGUUGACGUGUUGAUAGCUGUGGGCUCCAUCAUUAUGAUCCUAGGAUUUCUGGGGUGCUGUGGUGCCAUUAAGGAAAGCCGGUGCAUGCUGCUCUUGUUUUUUAUUGGACUGCUGCUGAUCCUGAUCCUUCAGGUCACAGGGGGUAUUUUAGGAGCAGUGUACAAACCUCAGCUUGAGGAGGGCCUUAACCUGACACUUACGGAGGCUGUUAAUUUAUUGAAAGAUAAUACAGAAAAUGCAAAACAAGUUCAAGAGUCGUGGCAGAAGUUUCAGCUACAGGGUCAGUGCUGUGGUUUGGUCAAUGGGGCUAGUGACUGGGGAAACAAUAUCAAUCUUGUUAUUGAUGGCAAAAAAGUCUGUGAGUGUGAACAAAAGUAUCAAGAAGAAAAUCUCUGCAUCCCUUUUGGAGACAGAUAUAUUUUUAAACAGCCGUGUAAAACAGUGAUUCUCGAUUUCCUUCAGAAAAAUAUGGACACAAUUAUGGGGAUCGCAUUUGGAAUGGCAGUUAUUGAGGUUCUUGGUUUGGUGUUUUCUAUGUGCCUCUACUGCCAGAUUCAGAGAAAAUGAAAAUGUGAAAGUGUCAGAACAAUGUCAUCAGCCAAUUUGAAGCCUUUGUAGACAGAGAGAUAUUUGCCUUGGCACGUUCUGAUAAAUAUGUGCAUGUCCCAGGCAGCUGUUCUGAUAAAAAUGGCACCCACUGUACACACAGAUACAUCACAUUUUGCAAAACGACCUCCUUACACUUUGUAAGAUUUAAAGAUGUGAAUGUGAAUUUUUAUUUGCAAUAAAUAUCUUUGUGUUUCUGAUAAGUUUAUUUUGUCUGAAGAUAACAUUUAAGACAUGUUGAGAUUUGAGCUCGCCACAUGAUAUGUCCACAUAGCUAUCACACCACUCAUAGCAGAAUCAUCACCAACACAAAUCUGGGCUCAAUCUCAAGGGAAGAGACUCAGCACUAGGUCUCCUGCAGUGUGCCAGCUACCUUGCUUUUGGCUGCAGCUGUGACAGGCACUGGGCUGCCAGGAUGUUCCUGGCUGUCCCAAGUAGGGAUGCCCCACGGUCCUGACUCCCAAAGAGCUGCUGACCCAGGAGGCACCUUGACAGAAAGUAAACCGCACCAGGGAGCAGAUUGCUUUAAAGUUAUGAAGAUCAUAGAAUCAUAGAAUGGUUUGAGAUGGAAGGGGCCUUUAAGAUGCCUAAUGAUACCCGUAGAGACAUGCUGCAGCUUUCUAAAGUACACUGAUGACAUAACCUCUGAGUCUGAGGCACUGGCUGUUCCCACCAGUUUCAGUAAGCCUUGUCUUCAUCUUCAGAUAAUGGUAAAGGUCUCCACCCAAGGAGAUCCUUUAGAAUAUUUAUAAGCAAUAUCAAAAUGGCUUUGUCAAGAUGGGAGCAGUCUGGUUAUGCUUCAGAGACCCAGUUGUGACCACUUCAGAAUACAUAAUGAUGUAUGAUACAUUAGAAUCUUUUUGGCUGAAACUGUGGUGCCAUUAAAAUCAGCAGCAAAAAGUUCUUUGUCUUCAGUCAGGAACUUUGACACAAGAGUUUCAUCUAGAGCUAAAGUUAAUAGUUCCUCUGUACAUUUAGGCAAUUUGUUUUUAUUUCCUAAUACCCCAGGGAAUAAAAUUGAAUUACCAUGAUUAUAGCUUUAAACAUGUUCAAACAGCUGGUCAUGAGAAAAACGUGUACUACCAGGCUCUUCAACUUCAGAUUUCUGAAGUGAUCACAACUGGGUCUCUGAAGCACAACCAGACUGCUCCCGUCUUGACAAAGCCAUUCUGAUGUUGCUUAUAAAUAUUCUAAAGGAUCUCCUUGGGUGGAGACCUUUACCAUUGCUUCAAACUGGCAGAACUAGAUUCAGGUACAAUUCAGCUGCAGCAAUGAUGAUCUUUUAAAUGAUGUUCAGGGGAAAAGUUUCUGUCCUGUCACAUUCACACUCUCUCUAGCACUCAGACCAACCUGUGGGAGCUGGUUUCAAGCCUUUGUGUUCCCCAAGAAGCCAACUAGCUACCAGACAACUCUAGAUUCCUCUGAAGAAUCUUGGAAACUAUGCCAGAAGAAUCUGAAAUUUGUUGGACCAGAGAAAAUGCAUGAGUCCAUAACCAAUCCACAGAUGGACAUGAAGGGAAAAUUAAAGCUCAUACAUUUCCCCAGAAGUAGCAAGCUCCAGUCAUCUAUAAACUGAGCAUUACUGCUAAGGAUUUGUGGUAGACAUCAACUGACAGUUGGCACAGUGUGUGCUGGCUUGAACACUAAUCUUAUCCUGCAUGUUACUCUGGGAUAGACAUGUAUAAAAGUAACUUGCUAAGUUUUUGUUUUGUACAGUCCCUUUGGGAUAUAGUUCCUAAAAUAUUGUCGUCUUACAUCAAAAUAAUGAUGUAUGAUACAUUAGAAUCCUUUUGGCUGAAACUAUGGUGCCAUUAAAAUCAGCAGCAAAAAGUUCUUUGUCUUCAGUCAGGAACUUUGACACAAGAGUUUCAUCUAGAGCUAAAGUUAAUAGUUCCUCUGUACAUUUAGGCAAUUUGUUUUUGUUUCCUAAUACCCCAGGGAAUAAAAUUGAAUUACCAUGA